CCUGGCUAGUGUGGGCUGGACUACUGGACACUGUCAAGGUCGCUGCUGAGAGACAGUGAGCCUCUCUGGCAGGCUGGAAGAGGGAGGUCCCGGCACAUCCACAGCCGCACUCUGAGGAGGACCCGGCCAGCGGAAUGGACAGAGGACACCGGCAGCCUCCUGAAUGAGGCUCUGUGACCAGGUCUGGCCUUGUUUGCUCUGGCCCUCAGCCAAGGGACUCUCGGAGACCCACUGUGGCGCUUCCUGGAAAGCUUCUGUCUGCGCGGACCUCUGCAGAAGAGAGCCUUGGAGGGCCGGGAGGAGAGAGGACAGCCUCGACCAGGGCCCAACCAUGGUCGUCACUCAGCUCAGCCUCGAGUUCCGCUUUCAGGGCAAGAAGCUUCGAGGCUUCAGCUGUGAGCUCACCCGCUCCCCUCAUGGGAUCCUCCCUGAGUCUGUCCUCACCACCACCUGCCAGGUCGCCAUACCUAUACUGUUGUCCGGCCUGGGCAUGAUGACGGCUGGCUUGGUGAUGAACACUGUCCAACACUGGCCAGUGUUCAAAGAUGUUAAAGACCUGAUGACCUUGGUGCCACCCCUCGUCGGUCUGAAGGGAAACCUGGAAAUGACGCUGGCGUCUCGGCUCUCCACGUCUGCCAACACUGGGCAAAUCGAUGACCGCCAGGAGAGGUACAAAAUCAUCAGCAGCAACCUCGCUGUGGUUCAGGUGCAGGCUACUGUUGUGGGGCUCCUGGCUGCAGUGGCCUCCCUGAUGCUGGGCACAGUGUCCCACGAGGAGUUCAGUUGGGCCAAGGUGGCCUUGCUGUGCACGAGCAGCGUCAUCACCGCCUUCCUUGCUGCCUUGGCCCUAGGAAUUCUAAUGAUCUGCAUAGUGAUUGGUGCUCGGAAGUUUGGGGUCAACCCUGAUAACAUCGCCACACCCAUUGCGGCCAGCCUGGGCGACCUCAUCACCCUGUCCAUCCUGGCCCUCAUGAGCAGUUUCUUCUACAGCCACAAAGACACAUGGUAUCUGACGCCUCUGGUCUGCGUCGGCUUCUUGGCUCUCACCCCUCUGUGGCUCUUCAUAGCCAAGCAGAACCCGCCCAUCAUGAAGAUCCUGAAGUAUGGGUGGUUCCCCAUCAUCCUGGCUAUGAUCAUCAGCAGUUUCGGAGGUCUCAUCCUGAGCAAAACCAUUUCAAAACAUGAGUUUAAAGGCAUGGCUGUCCUGACUCCAGUCAUGUGUGGUGUCGGCGGCAACCUGGUGGCCAUUCAGACCAGCCGCAUCUCCACCUUUCUGCACAUGUGGAGCACACCCGGGGUCCUCCCUGUCCAGAUGAAAAGAUUCUGGCCUAACCCCUGCUUCAUUUUCUGCUCUUCAGAAAUCAACUCUGUGUCAGCACGAGUCCUACUCUUUCUGGUGGUCCCAGGACACCUGAUUUUCUUCUACCUCAUCUGCCUGGUGGAAGGCCAGUCAGUGACAAGCAGCAAGAUCUUCAUGUUGCUGUACCUGGUGGCAGGCGUGGUCCAGGUGGUCAUCCUGCUGUACCUGGCAGAAGUGACGGUUCGGCUGACAUGGCACCAAGCCUUGGACCCUGACAACCACUGCAUCCCCUACCUCACAGGCCUGGGGGACCUGCUGGGCACUAGCCUGCUGGCACUGUGCUUCUUCCUGGACUGGUUACUGAGGGGCAGAGCUAAUCUUGAGGAGCUGGUCUCAGAGCUGGUUUCUGUGCCUCCCUGACGGAGCCUACCAUCCGUGGGUCUCCAUGAAACUUUCCCUCACGUCCACAGUUAUCUGGCAGGCCGUUCCCGCUGCUGAGGCUUCAAGCUGCUAAACACCUGCGUGGGCAGUGGCCUCAUCGGUCUGCCAGGGAGAUGAGCACAUACCUUGACUCUCAAGUUGGCAGCCCAGCCUGAGGUAGAGCCCUGACAUCAGGAGCUCUGCUUGCAAGUUCGUGAGUAUGUAUGCCUGGACUGUGUGUGUGUGUGUGUGUGUGUGUGUGUGUGUGUGUGUGUGUGUGUGUAUAGGGUAGGCUGUUCUAACCUGAAGAUGCUGAGGAAGGAGCCUGUUGGUGCAACCUGGGUUAGCGAUCCAUUGGGUGGAUCAGGAUGGAACUCUGCAUCCCCAGGUCUCAGGAGUGCCAUCCCUGGGCUCAUGCUACUAGUGCUCUGGGCCCAGUGACCAUGCACCUUCACCCCAGGCAGGCCCUGCAUACCCCUCCUCUAUACUCCAGUAUUUAAUCUUGUGGCUGCUUUCUUUCUAUUUCCCACUUUCUCUGUUUUAUAGCAGAACCUUCCGUACAGGUUCUGGCAAUCAAGAGAUGUAUAAUAAAACAUAGCUGAUGUG